AUGGCCAGCAAGCUGUUCUCCGCCGCGGCGGAGGCUGCGGGGGUGGCUGGGGCGAACGACGACCCGCUGGCGCGGGUGCUGGCGCCGCCGGCGGACGAGACGGCGGAGGCGCGUGCGGCGCGGCUGGAGCGUGCAGUGGAGGCGCAGCGGGUGUCGCACGAGAUCGACGAGGACAUCCAGGAGAGCAAGAAGGCGUUCGAGCGGAGGAAGAAGGCGAUCAAGAUCCUGCUUCUCGGCCAGGCCGAAUCGGGCAAGAGCACGACCCUGAAGAACUUCCAGCUCGCGUUCUCGCCGCAACACUUCCGCAGCGAGCGCGCCGCGUGGCGCACGAUCAUCCAGCUCAACCUCAUCCGCUCCGUCAAGCGCCUCCUCGAGGUCCUCGACGAAGAGUGGGACUCCGAGCUCACCGCCCCCGUCAAGUCCGCCCUCAAGUCCGCCCCGAGCUCCCCCACCGCGUCCUCGUCCUCCCCCCGCGCAGCACGAUCGCGCUCCGGCUCACGCUCCGGCUCGCCCUCGCGCACGCGCCCCCCGCAGUCCAUCGCCCUCCCCCCGUCUGCCCUCGCCAACCCCGCCGCCGGCUCGUCCCGUGCACAUGCAAUCGCCCACCCACACGCCUCGACCUCUGCCGCCUCCUCGUCCCACCACCCCGCGCCGUCUUUCCUCCCUCCGUCGUCCGCUCCCCGCCACGCGUCGCACCCGUCCACGUCAACCUCCGUCCGGUUCUCAACCACCCCUCUCACAGACACCCAUCGCCGGCUGCGUGGGCGACUGCGCGUGCUCUUACCACUCGAGGCUGCCCUCGCCCGGGCGCUGCUCCCCCCAGACGACGCCGUCACAGGGCCUGCAGGCGAUGUCUGCGUCAGAGCGGGCAGCGCGUGGAAGGGCGCAGCCAGCGUGCUCGCCAGUUCCGGCCUAGCGGUGAACGGCGUCAAUUUACCCAACGGCAAGGGCAAGGAGCACGUCGACGACCCGACGCGGACGCUCGCUGCGUGCAAGGACGACGUCGUCACCCUCUGGGAGGACCCCGUCGUGAGGGCGGUCCUCAAGCGGAGGGGCGUGCGCCUCCAGGACAUGCCCGGCUUCUUUUUGAACGACACCGCGCGCAUCGCGACGCUCAAUUACCAGCCGACAGACGACGACAUCGUCCGCGCGCGGCUGCGCACACUCGGUGUGGAAGAACACCGCUUCACCAUGGAGAGCGGCGGCCUCCCCGGCUCGGAAUGGUACAUCUACGACGUCGGCGGGAGCCGGAGCAACCGCCCGCACUGGAUCCCGUUCUUCGACGACGUGCAGGCCAUCAUCUUCCUCGCGCCGCUCGCGUUCAACCUCAUGCUCGAGGAGGACCCGCGUGUGAACCGGGUCGAGGACUCGAUCUCGCUCUGGCGCGAGAUAUGCGGGAACGGCCUGCUGGCGAAGACCACGCUCAUCCUCUUUCUGAACAAGAUGGACAUCCUGCAGGCGACGCUCGCGGCGGGCAUCCGCGUGGCCAAGUACGUGCCGAGCUACGGCGACCAGCCGAACGACAUACAGCAUGUGACGAAAUACUUUAGAGAUAAAUUCCGCGGGUAUCACAAACGCCUGUCGCCGCAUACGCGCCCGUUCUACGUCCACGAGACGUCCGUCGUCGACACCCGCUCGACGGCCGCGAUCCUCGUCGGAGUGCGAGAGGGCAUCCUGCGCGCGCACCUGCAGAGCGUGAACGUGAUCUGA